AUCCCGAUCGCCGUCGGCGCCGUCGUGACGGCGCUCGACAGCUUCGCCAUGGUCACGCAGGGCAACGCGGGCCUCGUCGAGCGCCUCGGCAAAUACGACCGCACGCUGCGGCCGGGCCUCCACCUGAAGCUGCCCUUCGUGGAGCGCCUCAGCUGCUACACGUCCGUGCGCGAGCGCGUGCUCGACGUGCCCGCGCAGCGGUGCAUCACGAUGGACAACGCGCCGCUGACGGCGGACGCCGUCGUCUUCUACCGCAUCCGCGACCUCACGCAGGCCAAGUACCGCAUCGACGACUACGCCGUCGGUCUUUCCAACCUCAUCCUCACGCAGCUGCGAUCGGAGAUCGGCCAGCUGUCGCUCGACCAGACGUUCACGGCGCGCGAGAAGCUGAACCAGAUCCUGCUGCGCGAGGCGAACGCGGUGACGACGAACUGGGGCAUCGACGUCGUGCGCGUGGAGGUGCGGGACAUCCUGCCGUCGCCGGAGAUCGUGUCCGCCAUGGAGCUGCAGAUGGCGGCGGAGCGGCGGAAGCGGGCCGUGAUCCUCGAGUCCGAGGGCGCGAAGCAGUCCGUGGUCAACGCCGCGGAGGCGAGCCGCGACGCCGUCGUCCUCGCCGCCGAGGGCGAGCGGCGGCGCCUCGAGGCCGAGGCCGAGGGCAUGGCCUACGCGCUCCGGUCCGUGGCGGAC